AUGUCUAAAAAUAGUCUUCCUUUAGAUUUGAAUAAGAAACUAUGGGAAUCAAAUUUGGUGAGAUUUGAAAAAGCUAAGAAUUCAAAAAAGUAUGCAAAGAUUGUUGACAGUCUUGAUCAAAUGAACAAAAUGCCAACAGAACAGCAUAUCCUGGACAGAUUUAAGUGCUUGGCUGCAAAUGUGAAAAGUAGACAGGAGAGAGUUGUGAUAGUGAUCAAAGAAGUAAAAAUCUUAUGGAAAAAACUGAAUCUUCCAAUUCAAAAAGGCAAAUCUACAGUGGAAAGAAAAAUUGAGAAUGUACUAAACAAGUAUGAAAAAGACAGCAGAAAACCAGGAACAGUCAGUCAAGAUACUAAGGAUGAUUUAAGCAGUAAAGAUGAAGAACAUUUUAACACUGAAGAAGAAAAACAAGAUUCUGACAGUGGUUCUCAAGAUUCAGAUGCUCUGAAGGAAGAAGAAAUUGUUUAG